UCUGGAGUAAUUUUUUAAUUACCUUAUCUGAAACUAUAUCUACAAAAAGUUACAUUAUCUGAUUGUAUUGUCUGUUAGAUUUCCAAAAAAUCUUGAAAGGAAGCAAAAAUGGAUGCAAAUAAUGAGAAAGAGACAAUUUAAACUGUUAUAAUUAUUGCAAAUAGUGAGAAAGAGACAAUUUAAACUAUCUCUCUUGCGAAACGUGGUGAUUCAGUUAGAGGGGAGAGCAAGUAACCAAUCACGACUUUGCAAGAGAGAGAUAGCUAUUUCCAUUCCUUAUAGUCUGUCUCUCUCUCUCUCAUUUUCGUCACCCACACUGUCAUUGAGUGACUGCGUCCAUUUGUAUAUGCCCUAACGUGAAAAUACUUAAAAAAUAUUAAUAUUCUGUGCCAGCUAUAUUUCGAUGUAUAUAAAAUCGUGUUACUCAUAAGUAGUUGACACAAAACGCCGCCAGGUGGUCGACUCGAGCGUAUAUACUAUUUUCGUCGAACGUACGACCAUCUGUCUCGGAGAGCAGCCGUUCGCAGUGUUACUUACAAGUACAUGGGCACUAAGAAGCUAUCAUUUCAAUUAAAAAAAACCACGUCCAAUACUUGAGUUUCAAUUCUUGUAACGAAAAUUGCCCAAGUUGACCAUCAACGAAACAAGAAACCGUUCGCUUAAAUAAUGCCGGAUGAUGGAACGAACAUAGGAAUCUGAACGAAAACUAACGUGUGUGCGUGUGUGUACAUACGUGUGACGAGACAUAAUUAUGUGAUUGAAUCUAAUCGUCGAGAGAGGAUAGAAAAAUGUUUCACCACGAGUACGAGAAACGGCUGUUGAAGUCAAACAGCGAGAGCCACAUAGAUAACCUGGCUGGGCCGGGGCUCGCGUCGUCGAUGUAUUUCUCGCCGACCAAGAUGGUGAAUAACAGUUUCGACCGAUUCAUACCGACACGGUCUGGCAACAAUUGGCAGACGACGUUCUCGAUGAUAUCGGAGAACAAUAGGAACGGGACGGUUGCAAAGAAAACUCGGGAGAACGGCGAAAGCAAUCGGGACGGAAUCGCCUAUUCCUGUUUGUUAAAAAACGAGUUGCUGGGAGCUAGCAUAGAGGAUGUUAAGGGCCAGUGCGAGGAGCGGAGAGUAUUGUCACCAUUGGUAAGCAGAAACCUGUUCAAAUACGUUACACCCACGAAGGACCACACGCUUUUGGAUCAAAGCUCACCGUACUCUCUGUCACCGUUGAGUGCCAAGAGUCAGAAACUUUUAAGAUCUCCAAGGAAGGCGACGAGGAAGAUCUCGAGAAUACCGUUCAAAGUGCUGGACGCUCCGGAGCUGCAGGACGACUUCUACCUAAACCUCGUCGAUUGGUCGUCUCAAAACGUGCUCAGCGUAGGGCUGGGCAGUUGCGUUUAUUUGUGGUCGGCCUGCACUAGCCAAGUAACGAGACUCUGCGACUUAACCAGCGACGGUAACAGCGUUACGUCGGUCGCGUGGAAUGAAAGAGGAAACCUGGUCGCAGUCGGUACCCACUUAGGUUACAUACAAGUAUGGGACGUGGCUGUAAACAAACAAGUAAGCAAAUUACAGGGACACAGUGCGAGGGUCGGGGCGUUAGCCUGGAACGGUGAAGUUUUGUCGUCUGGCAGUAGAGACAGAUUGAUAUUACAAAGAGACGUGCGAACUCCUUGUGUUGUCGGCGAGAGACGUUUAGGAGCCCACAGGCAGGAGGUCUGUGGAUUGAAAUGGUCGCCUGAUAAUCAAUAUCUGGCGUCUGGUGGCAACGACAAUCGGCUUUACGUAUGGAAUCUGCAUUCGGUCUCGCCGGUACAAACUUACACCGAGCAUUUAGCCGCCGUGAAGGCCAUCGCGUGGUCCCCGCAUCAUCACGGACUUCUGGCCUCCGGCGGUGGAACAGCGGACAGGUGCGUCCGAUUUUGGAACACUUUAACCGGCCAGCCUAUGCAGUGCGUCGACACCGGCUCACAAGUCUGCAAUCUAGCCUGGAGCAAACACAGCUCGGAACUAGUCAGCACCCACGGCUACUCGCAGAAUCAGAUUCUGGUAUGGAAGUACCCUAGCUUGACGCAGGUCGCGAAAUUGACCGGACAUUCGUACAGAGUUUUGUAUUUAGCCAUGUCGCCGGACGGCGAGGCGAUCGUAACCGGCGCCGGGGACGAAACGUUGCGUUUCUGGAAUGUAUUCAGUAAGGCGCGUAGUCAGAAAGAAAACAAGUCUGUAUUAAACCUUUUCACUAGUAUUCGGUAAAUUCUAUUGGGAAAUACGUAUUUAACUAUAAGAAUUUAAGCGAACGUUUAAUUACAGAUAGGGAGUAUAUUCUAAAAUAUAUUAAGGUUUAGUUUAUACAGCUGCCUAUGUUAUGUGCAAUAAGUUGAUCGCGGACAUGCCCUUCUAUGAGUAAUAGCAAAAAUUCUAUACAUAGAUAGUUUUUUAUAGAUUUUAUGUAAUAUUGAAAUUUGUAUCCUCUCGAGACAAUAUCUAUUUUUUACGUCGCGUAUACAU